CCGUCAGCUGAUCCUGCCAAGCAAGCCAAGCCAAGCUUUCCUUCCUGCCUCAACAGUAGCAGAGCACGCGACCUUUGGUUUCCUCUCAUUUUUCCUCAGAGCAGCAAAAGCAGCCGUAUCGAAGGGCUAAAAAUGGGCUUCCUUUUCAGCAAACCCGAACCCGUAGACAUGAGUGGACGUAUUGCGAAUAUGGUGAGGGAAAUGAUCGCCAAGGAUGAUGUGGUCAUCUUUUCAAAAUCCUACUGCCCGUACUGUGACAUGGCCAAAAAGGUGUUCGACAAUAUGGUUGUCAGGUACACCGUUAUUGAACUUGACAAGCGCAGUGAUGGAGACCAGUACCAAGAUGUCUUGAAGGAAAUGACUGGAGAACGUUCAGUGCCUAGAGUGUUUGUCAAGGGAAAAUGCAUUGGAGGAGGCACCGACACAAAAGCCCUCCACCAAUCGGGACAGCUGCAAGCGAUGCUGGACUAGACAUUGUAGCAUCGGACCUUAUGAUUAAUUUCACUGUUUAAGAGCCAUAUUUAUUUUUGGAGGAGAGCCUGAACUGCGAUUUAAUUCUUACUUCUUCAUUUAUUGGGUCUGCUUAAUAAACGUUCCUAAUUUUUCACCGUU